AUGGGGGAGGGACACUCAAAGAAUACCCUGAACUACGGUUGCCUGAGCGAGGAAGAUGUAGAAAAAAUAAGAAAAAAAUUUAACCUAAACAAAAAGGAAAUAAACGAGCGGGUCAGAACCUUAGAUUUUAUAUACGUGUAUCCUCACAUCUUGAGGCCCUACAUUGCCCUUGUACUUCCCUCCUUCCAUGAAGUGUUGAGAAGAACAAACAAGAAAAGUGAAAACGGGGUGAAUAAUUAUGGAUUGAAUUAUGCCCUAAAUAUCCUUUUCAACAAAAACAGUAAAAAAGUGAAAAAUGAAAUAUCCCUGCAGGAUAUUAUAAAUAUACUGUCCUAUAUUCGUACAGUCAAAACGAGAGUUCUUGUGAGGAUAUUAUUCAGGACCUUUUUAAAGUACACAAUAUCGAAAAGAAACAGCCGCAGUAUCAAUAGCCAGUCGAGAAAAUUGAAAAACGCGGAAGAGAACGAAGAGGGAGAUAAUGAAAAUGGCAUAGAGAGGGUCUCCCUCAAGGAGGAUGACAGUAAGAGUGAACAAAAAGGGGACACACCCUCUUGCGCGUUGAAAAGCAGCAGGGGGGAGGAACCCAGUGAAAGAAUCUGCACAAAUGAGGAUGUGACUCAUGAGGAAGAGGGGGUAGACCCAGAUGGGGAGUUAGAUCACCACCGAGGGGGUGCCUCCUACGUGGGGGCUAAUCCCCCAAAUGGAGAGAACGAUGUCGACGCGGAUAGCGAUGAUGAGAUUUCCCCGGGGGAAGGAGAUCUUGAAGGUCGAGAUCGCAACUCUUUCGAGUUCGUCCUCUCAGACUCAAAUGUAAACAUAAUAAACAAAAAUAAAAAAAAAGAAAGAAAUUACAAAUUUAUAAAUGAUAAUAUAUUUUUUCUGGACAAACAUAAACUAAAGAAUCAGUACCCAAGAAACUACAUGAUGAAGGAUUUGAUAUCCGUGGAGGAAGCCAUGCACCAUCUGUUCACCUACAUUUAUAUUGAGCAACUAUACAUACUAUGCUCAAAUAGCACCCUUUUUAAGCUAACAAAUAGGAACCCUAUGCCGGAAAAUAAAAGCAACUUCCUAAAACACUCGACAACCAGUAUCUAUGAUGAUAUAGGAGCGAUGAAAAGAAAAAACAGUUGGGAUAUGGCAUAUUUUUUUAAUGAACUGUUUUAUUCUCUCGAGGCAAAUUUAGACUUCCGAAAUAUUAUCACUGGGUUUAGGCUUUUUGUAAACUCGAUCGAUAAUAAUAAGCACUCCAUAUACUCGCUGGCCAUUGAAUACAUUAGCUCGACGUUCACAGUUUUGAGUGGGAACUAUGCCAACGCGACGUUUAAGCAUUUUAUGGACAAUGAAAAUAUCUUGCCGGGGGAAUCAGGAGGGAAGAAGGGGGACGAUCCAAACGGGGAAAACGGGACAAAUGAUGACAAAAGAGAAGACGAAUUCGAAAAUUUAAACGACAUGUGCAUCAACAGCAUAGAACUAAUACACACUAUAUAUACGAACAUGAAAAAGAGCGAAAUUAAGAAAAAAAAAGAAAAAAGUGAACAGGAUGAAAAAAGAAGCAAGCUGUAUGAAGACAAAUACGCAAAGUCAUCUUCCAUAGUGGAAAUACAAAAAGCAACAAACGACUGGAGAGGAUUAUUUUUAAAUAAAACAAGUAAAAUAUUAACAGACGAAAUUAUUUUCACCUUGCGACAGUGCUCCCCAUGUUUCACGAACAACGCAUGGUUUAGACUCUAUGCCUCAUGGAAACAAGGCACAAGUUUCAACCGAUUUAUUAGCUCCCUUUUUUAUUAUGAAUCCCCAAUUGUUAUUGUAAUCAAGACAAAGGAUAAUCAAAUUUUGGGAGCUGUCUGUACUACCCCCUUGAAGGAUUCUCACCUCUUCCAGGGUUCAUCCAACGAUUUCUUAUUUUCAGCUCAUCCCGUUUUUAGAGUUAUAAGGUCAAAUCAGUUUGGCACAAAUUAUGUCUAUUUGAAUAGCAAAAACUCGUUUUAUCCAAAGGGUUUAGGAUUUGGAGGAAGAACCGAGUGUUUCCGAUUAUUUCUGAGUGAUGAAUUUAAAGACUCCUACUGUACGCAGUCGGAUUAUACAUAUAAGAGUGGUCACCUCUACUUCCCCCAUUAUCAGAAGGAGAGGCGUGCCGGUCGAAACGUGAAUAACAAACGCUCGGCGUAUGAUGAGGAUGAUGAAGACGACGAUGAUAAUGCGGAUAGAUUCCUUUAUAAACUGUCCAUCAAUGAGGUGGAAGCUUGGGGAUGUGGUGACGUGAAGGCACUUGAACAACAAGCCGUCAUGCAACAGAAGGAAGAGGCGUCUAAACAGGAGAGAUCAACUGAUAAGUCCAAAAUUGUACAGAACAGUUUCGACAAGGAGUUUCUGCUGCCCAAGGUAUUCGUUGGGGGGAAGUACGAAGAGCUGUCCCCAGAUAAGUAA